AUGAAUACAUUUGAGAUCACUCAGUCACCAAACCAAUACAAAUCCAAUGCAAUAACUUUGGAUAAAUAUGGAAAACUCAUGGCAUAUGGCUCAAAAUCUAUUGUUGUACUAGUUAAAGGAUUAGAAAGUAAUAGUGUUUUUGAUUUUCAAUACAAUCGUCUCAAAUAUAACACACAAAAGGCUCAUGGACGCAUCGCAGCUGUAUCAUUUUCUCAUGAAACUGACAAUUACAAAGAUGCAUAUUAUUUGGCUUCUAUAGAUGAAGUUAAUAUUUAUGUUUGGGAAGUUCAAAGUUUGGCCUGUAAACAUUUAAAUUCAUUUGCAGUAAGUUAUUUUAUUUUGUUUAUAUAUUGUAAGUAGAUAUGCAUAACAUUUCUAAUAUAUCAAAUAUAUUAUAUUUAAUAUAUUUUUUAAUAUUUAUAAUAAUAUAUAAAAAAAUAAUAAAAUCCUAAAUACCUAUUUAUAGAUAUAUGUGUAUAUAAAUAUAAUACAUUUGUAUAAACUAUUAAAUAACAACAUAUAGAAUUUUUAAAAAGUUAAAUAUUUCUAUACACAAAUAAUAUAAGUACAAUAUAAUAUAUGUUUUACAUAUUGUUUUAUAUUAUAUUUUUAUGUGGCCAAUUAAUUAAUUUUAUCAAAGUAGAUAUCUACAUAAAUGUAUAUUAAUAAAUAUUUUUUUUUUUUAAGAAUGAAACUACAAAAAUAGUUUUAUUAGAUGUAGCUUGGCUAUAUAAGUGUUUAACAUUAGUAGCAAUAUCUGAUUCUGGAACUUUGCAUAAAUGGAAUAUUCAAACACUAGACAUGCAUAAAUAUACAUUUGAUUUAAAAAUGCAACCUUUAACACUAGUAGCUUGUCCUCAUAAAAGCAACAUAAUUGCUAUUGGUUGUAAACAUGGCAAUUUAAUUAUUUAUGACUUGAUUGGUAAGUUCAGUGUUUUUGAAAAUUUGAUACUAAAAACAUAAUAUAUAUAUAUAUAUAUAACUUAUGUUUAGGCGAUGGACAAAUAUUACAUAAAUUAUGUUGCCACGAAAGAAAUAUAUAUUCAUUAGCUUGGUGCCCAGUUCCUUUCAGUCCACUUGGUUGUGAUCGGUUAACUCAACCUUUAUUGUUAGCAUCCACAGCUUCUGAUAGUACAGGUUUAAAUAUAUGGCGUGCUGGUCUGGACAUGGGUAAUGAAGCUAAAAUUGUAUUACCUGAUAAACCACUGAGGGAAACUGUUUUCAAGUACAUAUAAUAUACAAUUUUGCUUACUUUGUGGUAUAUUUUUAAAUAACACAUUUAUGCUGUUGGGCUAACAAUGAUUUUAUUAGAGUUUGAAUUGAUUAAAAAUAACUUUUAUUUUCCCCUACACAGUAUGAAAUUGUAGUAUUGUGUAAUGUCCUUAUAUAUGAAAUAUUAUAAUCAGUAUAAUAAUUCAAAUAUAUUAAUAUAAAUAAUUUAAAAAGUAUUGGUAGAUGGAGGUUUUAUCAUGUUUUUUUUUUAACAUACAAAAACAUUAUGUUUUGUAAACCAUGGGUAGUAAAAGUGUACAUUUACAGUAGACUGCAUAAUAUAAAAAUACAAAUUUUUGUUAAUUUUUUUUAAUCAAUUCUUUAUUUCUAGAAACAACAUAAAUAUUAUUUGGAGCUGCAUCAGAUGGGCAAAACCUACUUUGAUUAUUAUUACAACACCAUUUGGUGAAAUUCUUAAAGUAAAAUUUAAACCAAAACCGAAUUUUGAAGCAGUUGUGUCAUUAAUUAGUGAUUCUCAUAAGGAUGUAAUUUUUACUAUAGCAUGUUCUUUGUAUGUUAAAUAUAAACAUUAAAAUUUAAAACAUACAUCUAUCAAUUUGUAUAUUUGUAUAUUUUUAAUUAGUGAAUCAGCUAAACCAUAUUUAUGGUCAUCCUGUAUGAGUAGAAAAUUGAUUCGUACACCUUUAUUUGAUACUGCUAAAUCUGGUGACUUACCAUUAGAAAUACCAACACUUAAUGGCUUUGUAUAUUGUUUUGCUCUUUCUUUGGUCAAUGCAUCUAAGUGAGUUAACUACAAUUAUAUUUUAUUUAUUUAUUUAUAGUGCUGUAAUAAUUUUAUUUACUAUAAUAAUAUAUUUUUAACUUUAUUCCAACAUUGAUAGUUUUGCAUUUAGUGUGGGUGAUGGAAAAAUUUAUUAUUGGAAUGUAUUUAAUGAGGUACAAUUAGAAUUGUUUACAUUAAAUUCAGUAAGCUCAAAAGUGUUAUCUGUAAGUUAAACAAAUUAAUUUUUUUAACUCUUAGGUUCAAAUCUAUGUUUUUUUUUUAGUUGGCAUAUCAUCCGAAAAAUGAUAAUUUAUUAGCAUUUGGUACUGAUGAUGGACGUGUUGGUAUCAUUAAUUUAAGAAGAAAACAAAAUAAUGUAAACUUGUUGAAAACAGUUCUCUCUCAUCCAGUUUAUCGUUUAUGUUGGGCACCACUGCCAAAUCAAAUAGUUGAUGUUGAUACCAAAUUUUCUCUAUAUGCUGUGGGUAAUGGUCAAAUUUUAAUAUACAAUGACAGCAAUAUUUGGAAAGGUAGGUAAUUAAUAUAAAUAAAAAUAAAUCUUAGAUUAUUAUACUUAGUACAUAGUGUGAAUAAUAUCAGUAUCAAGUACCUUAUAUUUCAGAUCCACAUAAUUUAAAAGAAUAUAUACAAUUCAAUGAAAUUGAAGACAGUAUUAUGACUCCUGUUAAACACAUUGAUAUGGCAUGGAAAAUGGAUUAUAGUGUAGCUGCAAUAGGCAAUUCUAAUGGGUAUUUUUGUGUAUUCUAAAUAUAUUUAUUUUAAUUUUUGUUAAAAAUUAUUUUGUCUAGGACAAUUUAUUUAUUGGAAGGAGAUACGUUAAAACUUAAACAUGUAGUAUAUGGUCAUGUUCAAUCUGUAGAAUGUAUUAUUUGGCAUCCGACAUAUGUUACUUGUGAUUACAGUAAAGAAUCAAAGUAUAAAAAUUAUUUUGCAUCAAGUUCACAUACUAUUCGAGUAUAUCAAUUCAAUGAUGGUAAUUACAUUAUUUAAAACCAUUAUUUAUCUGGAAAUUACGAUUAACUUUUUUCAGAUAGUAAACCAUUGUUAGUAGUAGAAUUUAAGGGACAUACAGAAAAAAUUAAUGAGUUAGCAUGGAGUCCUCAUCGAAAUUUAUGGCUUUUGAGUUGCUCAAGUGAUAUGACUGCUAAAGUGUGUUCAAUAUAAAUAUAUAAACCUUCUAUUUAUAAUAUUCAUGUUACAUGUUAUUUUUUCAAAUAGCUUACUUAGGAAAACACUAUAGUUCAACAAUAAUAUAAAUUUAUACCUAGUCACUUAUUUUACAUACAAAUACAUUUACUUAAUUGUUUUUAUUAUUCAUAAUUGCUUUAAUAGAAUUAUUAGUUAUUGAAGUUAAGUAUUUUUUUUAUAUUAUUUGUAUAAUUUAUUCUUCAGGUUUGGGAUGUGCAACAAUCUUCUCUUAUUGGAGUUUAUUCAAAACACUUGUCUGCUGUUUUAUGUGGAAUAUUUUCUCCAUUAGAUUGUGAUAUAGUAUUUACUGGUUCUGCUGAUAGUUCGGUACAUUCAUGGCGGAUCUCAAACAAUUUACCCAAUGAAAUAAUAGAUUGCCAAAGUAAACUAAUUCAUAUUUCAUAUUAAUAUUAUAAGUAUAAAUAUAAAGGUAGUAUUAUUAAAAAUGCAACAUUUCUAAAAUUGCAGAAAACAAUGAUAUCAUAUUAUUGUUAAAGAAAAAGCUUGUAAUAACAAAAAAUUAAAUAUAUAACUGGCAUUUAUUUUUGUUUGUUAUUUUAUAACCUGGGAUUUUUUCUGUGACAACUUUUCUACCAAUAAUCUUACUCUAACUUUUAAUGAUAGCAAUGUUUUUAAAAGGAAAUUUCAUUAGCAAGGGUAACAGCGAGGUACUUUUAUGUUUUUUAAUAAUGUAUUUAAUUUGAUAUUUAUAGGAGACACUAAUUUAAAGCAAAUACAACAGUUUCCAUUCUUAAGUCAUUAUCUUCAUGGAGAAAACCAUUUGGAAGAAGCUGUACAUACAUUUAUUAAUGAUUAUUUUAAUGAUAAAAAAGUACAUGUAGCCAAACCAUCCAAAUUUCAAAUUAAUAAUUUGGCAUUUUUUGGUAAAAUUGAAGACAUGAAACAGUUAUUAAUAAAUGAAAGUAAGUUAAUCAAUUAUUUGUAGUAGUAUUUAAUUAUAAUACAAAACCAUAGUUCUUAGAUUAUAAAUUUGACUCAAUCUUAUUUAUUUCUAAAAGUUACUGUAGCAUUAUUUAUAGUCUCUUCAGUAAGAUAUUUGAAAGAAAAAAAUCAUCUCAAUAGGUAGGUAUGUAUUAUUAUUAUACAGUUUCAGAUUUGUAUAGGUUUAAUAAAAUAAUUAUCCAUACAUUCAAAAUUAAAAUUAAAAUAUUGAGUAAAAGAGUAUUUUUCAUAUUAUUUGUGCACAAUAAAAAAUAUCAGCAUGGUAUCCUAUUAGUUAGUAUUUUAAACAUAUAAAAUGUAGAAAGAAAAUUAAAUAUAUUACUUUAAUUUAUUAUUAUUUCCAUUAUAGUAAAUAUUUUUUUUAAUAAUAAUCUAUUAUUUAUGUACUAAAAUGUGUAAAAUUUUCUGAUUACAUUAUGUAGGAAUGUAUGGGCUAUAAUGUUAAUAUUUUUAUAAGGAUUCAUAUUAAUACAAAUCAAGUUUAGGUAAAAUUUACUAUUUUUUAUUUGAUAAUUAAUAUUAUUUUAUUGUAUAGAGAAUGUGUUAUUAAAAACUAAUCUAUCAAAUAAAAUAACUUCUUGUGCCAAAAAUAUAAGUUUAUGGAGACAAAAUUUAGAAGGUCAUUUAAAAAAUGCAAUUGAAACUAAUACUAUAAACGAAUGGAUGGUAGCUGUUUCUCCAACUAUUAGUUUUGAGUAUGUGUUAAUUGGCAAUUGACAAAUAUUUAGCUAUUAUACAAAUAAAUAUAUUUAUUUGUGUAUUUAUAUUUAGAUUUUGGAAAAGUAUGUGUGAUGCAUAUGUAAGACAACUAGAAGAAGCUGGAGAAUUUUCCAAAGCUUCAACGUAUUUGGUAGGAUUAAAAAAGUUUAAAGAAGCCACAAUGAUGUUAAUUAAAAAUCAUUGUUUCUGUGAAGCUUUAUUGAUUACUUUGAGCCAAGAAAAACCGGAUCAAGAAAUUAUAAUAGAAAUAACUACAAAGUGGGCUCAAUAUAAUAUUCUUCAUGAAAAUUUUAUAGAAGCUGCUCAUCGGUUAGUAUAAUUUAAUUUAUAUUUAUUUAAUACUUAACAUUUUUCAUUUUAUAAGUACAUAGUUCUUAAUUUUAUUUUUAUUUUAGGUAUUUGAGCAUAAAUGAUGGACUAAAUGCUAUGUAUUGUCUCAUGAAAGUCAAACAAAUUAGAGAACUUUCAUUAGCUGCCAAGUUAGCUAGAUAUCUAAAUGAAGAUAUUGAAAAGUUAUUAGUGGUUGAUAUACUCAAUACAGAAUAUUUUAAGUAUAAUAAAUGGAAUAGGGCUAAAGAAUUUUUGGAAAAUCAUCCUAAACUUGUUGUAUGUUUAUAAGACUUCAUUUACCUAUUAUAAACAAUAAAUAUUAUUUUGACAUGUUUUAAUUACAAUUGGUUUUUUGUUUGUAGUAUUUGAAUAUGUGGGUAAGUGUUCAUCAAGCAAUGUUUGAACUAGAUCCUAAUGUCACUCCAAAAAUAAUUAAAAAUUGGAUUUGUACUACAGAUAGUGAAAACAAAUUUACAAUAUUAGAUUAUAUUCUUGAGCAUAUUGAUUGUAAACCUGAUUAUUAUGAAAAGUUAGUGUGUUUAGUGGAGUCUGAAUUCAUAUCGGACAUUGCCCAUUCGUUGCCAAAGGUGAAAUAAACAAUUUAUAUCUGUUUUAAUAAAUCAUCAAAUUUUAUAUUUUUCUAUAAUAAUCCAUUCUUAUAAAUUUAAUAUUUAACUAAAUAAAAAAAACACUCGACCAUCAAUUUAUAUUAUACAUUUGUAAUCAAAUUAUUUGAAUUCAUUAUAAACAAUAAUUUACUGUUCAUUUUCAAAUAAAUUGAAUUUAUUUUACUUAUUUAUUAUAUCACAAUAUAUAGUUGUUGAAUGUUAAAGUAAAAUUAAAAUAUUUAUAUUUAUAUUGAUUAAUUUUAGACAUUUGUCUAAUUAAAUAAUUAAUAUGCACUUAUUAAAUCUAUUUUGUUUUAUAGAGUACUGUAUAUAUAGCAGGACAAUUGUGUUUAAUAGCAUUACAAUAUCAAAAAACUAGAUUAUUGACCAUUGAUUCUCAAAAGCGCUUAAUAAAAUGCUUUACAGUUGCGUACAAUUAUGAAAUGAUAUAUUCAGAUUUGUAUAAGCUUCUUUCAAGGUUGAUGAUAUGGAUAUUCCCUAAAGGUUAUCUAAUCUAUAUAAAUUGUAAUGCAAUUAAAUUAUAUUUAUACUUACUUAUUUAUUUUUGUAGGACCAUUAGCAUUAGAUUUGUGUACAUUUGAAUUGAAUAAUACACUAAUAAAAACUAUUAGAGCUUAUUUGUGCUAUAAUUGUUUUUUGUGGUUAAAACUCCUAUACACUGAUUUAAAUAAACAAAUUAAAGAAAUUGAUACAGAUGACAGAAACAACGUAAACACUAUUUAUGAUGAAAUUAUUAUUUUAACACAUCAAUUUCAACAGUUAUUUAACAACUACAUACAUGAUAUAUUGGACUUGAAAACUUUAAAUUAUUUUAAUGCAAAAAACGAAAUAGAACGCAUAAAUAAAUUACUGGCUUCAGAUUCUUUUGCAGAUUAUGUUGGUGGUAAGUUUUUAAUUAGUUAAUAAUAGUGUUAAUAUAUAUAUAUAUUCUUUUGUAACUAAAUACUUAAAUAUAAUUUAGAUACAAUAAAUGAACAGUGGAAAGAAUGCAACAAGACUCCUAAUAGCAUAGAUGAAGUAAAGUAUAUUAAGGUUUUUCAACGUAGAAAAAAAUUAUCAGUUGUCAAUGAAAUUGUUUUGGAAUCAUUAAAGAAUUAUGGAAGCAUUAAUAAUACUGUUAAUAAUCCCAAUCACAAACUAUAUGCACUCAAGAAUCAAGAAGAAUCUAGCUAUUUUUGUAAAUCACUUCAAGAAAUGGAUAUAAAUAACUGUGAUUUAGUUUAUACAUGUGAUAGAUCAACAAAAACGCAACACCAUACAACACAUUUAAUUAAUUCACCAGAACAAAAUUUUGAUUAUUUAAAUUCAAAUAAUUUUGUUAGGAUCAAAAGUGAAAAAUGCAAAAAAAAGAUGUACACUUUUUUCCAAAAUAUUAAAUCGGAGUUAGACAAAUAUAAUUGUUUGUUAAAUGAUCAACCAAUUGUUCAACGCGUUACUAAUUUAGAGAUAGAAGCAUCAAAGAAAAAAAAACUGGAAAAAUUUAUGAUAGAAUUUGAAAAUGAAAGGAUAAAUUCCCCCGAUCCAUUUUUAUUUAUAGCAGUAUUGAAAAACUAUAUUAAUACAUUUGAAUUAUAAACUAAUUGUAAACUUGUUUAAAAAAGUAUCAAUGUUACUUACAGUGUUGUAUAUUAUUUUAUUGCUUUAACUACUAUUAUUUUCUUAUGUACUAAAC